AUGGCUCGGCAAUUUGGAGUGCCCGUGGACACUCACCCCGCAAAACCACCACCAGCGACCACUUUCACCGGCCGCACAAUCCGCCUUGAGAAACUAGAGCCUCGACACACCGAGGAUCUCUACGAAAGCAUUGGACUACCCGAGUACUCUGACAUCUGGGCCUAUAUUCCCGACGGACCCUUCCAGGAUAAAGAGUCCUUCAUCGCGCUGAUAGAAAGGCUCUCGAAAUCCCCCGACCCAUAUUUAUACGCUCUCAUCGACAGUGCCUCCAACAAGGCAGUGGGGUUCUUCUCUCUCAUGCGCAUUGACCAAAAGAACCGCGUGAUCGAGAUCGGAUUCGUUGUUUUCUCGCCCCUGCUGCAACGCACGACCGCCGCUACAGAGGCAUUUUAUCUUAUUGCAAAGGCGGUCUUUGAGGAUCUGGGGUACCGCCGUUUCGAGUGGAAGUGUGAUAGCCUGAACCAACCGUCCAGAAAAGCUGCUGCUCGCUUUGGGUUUACGGCGGAAGGUGUGUUUCGCCAGCAUAUGAUGGUUAAGGGUCGAAAUCGGGAUACGGCGUGGUUUUCUAUGCUGGAUUCGGAGUGGCCUGGUGUGCGUGAGUCGUUUGAAAAGUGGUUGGAUCCGGAGAACUUUGAUGCAGAUGGGAAACAGAUCUCUACACUUGUCGCUUUGCGGGGCUAG